AUGUUUUGCCUGGACGUUUUGAGCCUGAACAAGGACCUGUGUGACCGCGCUGAGAAGCUGAAGGACAGGCUCAUCGUCUUCGAGGUGGACGAGAACCGAGAGCUCAACAAGAGCAUCUGUCACCGCUAUGACGAGAUCGCUGCGACUAUCACAGGGGCCCCAGGCAACACAGAGGAGCUGGUGGCCCUUAACCAGUACCUAAAGCACACCAGCGAGGUGACCGUCCACAAGCUGAAAGAGGAGAUCAACGAGGCCGCCAACCGCCUCAGCUUCCUCCUGGACUACGCCACCCUGUCUCACGAUGAUGGGAGAGAACAUGCAGAGGACCACCUCCUCAAGAGGAUAGCAGAGUUUGACCAGAUGUUGCAGUGUGUGAGGAAGGAGGUGGAGGCCUUCAAGAAGAAAGAGCUGAUGAGUCUGGAGGAGAUGAAAAACAACGUGGAGAAGCUCAACGAGCUCACCUCCCGUCUGGAUGCCGCCGUCACCGAACUGGACGACAUCAACAAAGAGGAGUCUCUGCUGGAGAAGGAGCAGAGCCAGUUCCCCAUGCUGCAGACGCUGAUGGGCAACAAGCAGCCCUAUGACCAGCUGUGGACCAACGCCCUCAACUUCCAGAACAAAUCAGAGAUCUGGAUGAACGGUCCUUUCCUCCACCUGAAUGCUGAGAAGAUCUCAGAAGAGCUGGUCACUAUGUGGAGGACCGUGUACAAGCUGACCAAGUCCUUCUCCGACCUGCCAGGGCCGCGCCGCGUGGCCGACAGCUUCAAGAUCAAGAUCGACAAGUUCAAGCAGCACCUUCCCAUCCUCACCACCAUCUGUAAUCCAGGCAUCAAGGACCGUCACUGGGAAACGAUCAGCACCAUCGUGGGCUUCGAUGUCAAGCCAGAUGUGGACACCUCACUGUUUAACAUGGUAGAGCUGGGCCUGUCCAAGUUCUCCGACAAGCUUGAGGAGAUAGGGGCGUCGGCCAGUAAGGAGUACUCUCUGGAGAAGGCCAUGGAGAAAAUGAAGACCGAAUGGGCUGAGCUCCACUUUGCCUUCACUGCCUACAGAGACACGGUAGGCCAAAACUCCCACCAAAACAAACAGCUCUUACACUAA